AUGCAAUUAUUUAAUUAUAUAAACUCAUAUUUUACUUGCAUAAGCAAUAAAAAUGUUUUAAGUUGCAUCAAUAAUGAUGCUCCUUUCCCUUGGCAAUAUGGAUUUCAAGAUAGUGCCGCACCAGGAUUUACAGGAAUAGUAACUUUACAUAAUACACUUGGAUUUUAUAUGAUUGUAAUUUUUUUAUCAGUAGCUUGGGUAUUAUUUUCAGUUAUCUAUUAUUAUAAUGCUGAUAAAAAUCCAUUUGCUCAUAAAUAUUUAACACAUGGUACAGUAAUAGAAUUAGUAUGGACAAUAACACCUGCAUUUAUUUUAAUAGCAAUUGCUUUCCCAUCAUUUAGAUUAUUAUAUUUAAUGGAUGAAGUAAUAUCACCUACUUUAACUAUUAAAGUAGUAGGACAUCAAUGGUAUUGGUCUUAUGAAUAUUCUGAUUUUAUAACUGAUACAGGUGAAUCAAUAGAUUUUGAUUCAUAUAUGAUACCUGAAACAGAUUUAGAAUUAGGUCAAUUUAGAUUAUUAGAUGUUGAUAAUAAAUUAGUAGUACCUGUUGAUUGCCAUAUUAGAUUAAUUAUUACAGGUGCUGAUGUAAUUCAUUCUUUCGCUGUUCCUUCUUUAGGUUUAAAAUUAGAUGCUGUACCUGGUAGAUUAAAUCAAGUAUCAUUUUUAGCAGAAAGACCUGGUACAUUCUAUGGUCAAUGCUCGGAAAUCUGCGGAGUUUGGCAUGGAUUUAUGCCAAUAGUAGUAGAAGCAGUAUCUUCACCUGAUUUCUUAGUAUGGAUUGAUUCAGUAGCAUAA